UUACAACUAACUCUCUAUCACACGCAUGUGCACACCAUUUCUUUCCAUUCUCAAACGCCUGCCGCACAGAAUAAUGGUAAUUCUAAUAUCGAUUGCAGACGGGAAGGCUGCAGCAAACGGUAGCGAAUUGCGUAGAAAGGCUUGGUCGGGGAUUACAUUCCGGUGACACAUUCAAAGUCAAAAUAUUGCCGGCGGCUGCAGGUUUAGGACGAUACUUUAUUUUCAGAUCGGUAGUUAUUCCUGCGUCAAUCAAUUACGCCGUGAAAGAGACGCCUCUCUGCACUACGCUUUCUAAAGAUGGAUGCAGUAUUCGAACGGUUGAACACCUACUCUCCGCUCUGGAGGGCUCCGGUGUUGAUAACUGUCACAUCCAGAUUGACGGGGACGACGAGGGUGAUCGCUCUGCCGAGAAUGUGUUUGCUUCAAUGGAGGGGAGAGGGAGGUGAAGUUAAAAUUAUGAAGAGGGUUCCUAUCUUCGACGGUUCAGCAAGAGAAUGGGUUGAGGCAAUCAAACAGGCUGGCUUGAAGGUGGCUGGAGAUGAUAAAGGAGAAAGUUGUGAUAAAUUAGCACCUUAUCUGACCGAGCCUGUUCGUGUUGUCAGGAAUGAUUCGUUCGUAGCAGCUUUCCCUUGCUCAAAAGUCAAUAUCUCCUAUGGCAUUGAUUACCCACAGGUACCCACAAUUGGUCGCCAAUGGUUUUCUUCAUCCUUUUCUGAUGAUUCUUUCUACUCCGAGCAAAUAGCUUCAUCAAGGACUUUCUGUAUUUAUGAAGAGGUAGAAGAAAUGAGGAAGUUAGGGCUUAUUAAAGGUGGAUCCGCAGAAACAGCCAUGAUAUGUAGCAAGAGUAGAGGCUGGUUAAAUCCACCUCUGCGUUACAAUGACGAGCCAUGUAGACACAAGGUCCUCGAUCUUAUAGGUGACGUUUCCCUUUUGGCUCAAGGUGGCAAUCAAGGGCUUCCGGUAGCUCACAUUGUUGCUUAUAAGGCGGGUCACUCACUAAACACAGAGCUUGUUCGCCAUCUAUCGGGUAUCAAUUGAGAGAAUCUUCUCGCCUACAGUUGUUAUUAAGUUAGAAGUCGGAAGGCAUGAGGUAUGCUCCUAUAUAUGCACCCUGUGAUUCUAAUGAUUUUUCCAGUAUUAAAAGUAUGAUUUCUACCAUUUUUAUAGUGUUUUAAGUCCAGCCAACUUAUUUAUAGUCGAAUGCGCAUUUAGCAACUUUUACCUGCUAUGGCUAAUGCAAACCUGUCCUUAAAUUGUGUAGUAAACUCUUGCCUUUUGAAGAUAAUUUACAUGUAAAUAUAUAUUGAAAUGAA